AUGGAGACGAAAGUGACAGUCAAGUUUACUCCAUUUUUCACUGCGCUUGUGCUGAUUGCUGCGGUGAUAUUUAGUUUCAGUGAUACUGCUGGUGGAACCACUGAUCCUAGUGAUGUACAAGGGCUUCAAGUUUUGUACACUUCACUAAACAGUUCGUCCCAGCUAACUGGGUGGAAAUCUAGUGGUGGUGAUCCUUGUGGAGAGUCGUGGAAGGGAGUCAUGUGCCAGGGUUCUGCUGUUGUCUCUGUUCAAAUUUCUGGGUUGGGACUCAGUGGAACAUUGGGAUACAUGCUCAAUAACCUAAUGUCAUUAAAGACGCUGGAUUUGAGUGGCAAUAAUAUUCAAGAUGCAAUUCCAUAUCAAUUACCUCCAAACCUGACAACCCUAAACCUUGCAAACAACAAUAUAAGCGGGAAUCUCCCUUAUUCCAUAUCUAUUAUGGCCUCUCUAAAUUAUUUGAACAUCAGUCGGAAUUUGCUGUCUCAGUCGAUUGGAGAUAUGUUUGCCAAUCAUUCUGCCCUGGCAACAUUGGAUUUAUCAUUCAACAAUUUCACUGGAGAUCUUCCACCUUCCUUCAAUUCAUUGACAAAUCUGUCCAUUCUCCACGUGCAAAACAACCAACUUACUGGUUCCCUCUACAUCUUAGCUGGUUUGCCUUUGACUAACUUAAAUGUUGCGAACAACCAUUUUAGUGGGUGGAUGCCAGAAGAACUAAACUCUGUCCCUAAUUUUAUAUAUGAUGGAAAUGCAUUUGCCAAUGGCCCAGCUCCACCUUCGCCGCCAUACACCUCUCCUCCUCCAGGUAGCUCUCGCAAUAACAGAAAUCAUUCUCCUCCUAGUGGUCAUUCAUCGCAGGAUUCUGAUCACCCACCUACUGAACACAAUGGAAAUAAAAAGAAUGGGUUGACAACUGGACCUAUUAUAGGUAUAGUUGUAGGAUCUUCACUGGCAGUUCUUGUUAUGCUUGUGCUUGUUUUUUGUCUUCAAAGGGGCAACAAGAAGGAAAUUGUUGCACGACCAUCCUCAGCCAUAAGUCUGCCUGUCAGCACGGAUAAAGCGAAUACAGAGAUGCAAGAGCAAAGGGCAAAGUCUACAGUUACCACAGCUGAUUUAAAGCCUCUGCCAGCAGAAAGGGUGGCAAUUGAGAGAAUACAAGGGAAAAAUGGAUCUAUAAAAAGAAUGAAGUCUCCAGUAACUGCCACUUCUUAUGCAGUUGCUGCGCUUCAAACUGCAACAAAUAGCUUUAGUCAAGAAAAUCUAGUUGGUGAAGGUUCUCUUGGUCGUGUAUACAAAGCAGAGUUCCCCAAUGGAAAGAUUAUGGCUGUCAAGAAGAUAGAUAGUGCAGCACUGUCACUACAGGAGGAAGAUAAUUUUCUUGAAGCUGUUUCAAAUAUGUCACGACUGAGGCACCCCAACAUUGUUCCACUGGCUGGAUAUUGUGCAGAGCAUGGACAACGUCUUCUGGUUUAUGAUUUUGUUGGAAAUGGCAGCUUGCACGAUAUGUUGCACUUUGCUGAUGAGAGCAAGAUGCUUACAUGGAAUGCACGGGUUAGAGUAGCACUUGGCACUGCUCGGGCUUUAGAGUACUUGCACGAAGUGUGUUUACCUUCUAUUGUACAUAGAAACUUCAAAUCGGCUAACAUUUUACUAGACGAAGAGCUCAAUCCCCAUUUGUCAGACUGUGGAUUAGCUGCUCUGACUCCAAACACAGAACGACAGAUUUCAUCAACCCAGAUGAUUGGUUCAUUCGGUUACAGUGCUCCUGAGUUUGCCUUAUCUGGAAUAUACACUGUAAAGAGUGAUGUAUAUAGCUUUGGUGUGGUUAUGUUGGAGCUUCUUACAGGUCGGAAGCCACUUGACAGUUCAAGAGAGAGAUCAGAACAGUCACUUGUGAGAUGGGCCACUCCUCAACUUCAUGAUAUUGACGCUUUAGCAAAGAUGGUUGACUCUUCACUAAAUGGCAUGUACCCUGCAAAAUCUCUGUCCCGGUUUGCAGACAUUAUUGCCAUCUGUGUCCAGCCUGAACCCGAGUUUAGGCCCCCCAUGUCUGAGGUUGUGCAAGCGCUGGUUCGCUUGAUGCAGAGGGCGAGCAUUACCCAAAGACGUUCCAGUGAUGAUUCAGGUUUCACAUUCAAGACUCCAUAUCAUGAAGCAACUGACUUGUCAUAA